CUCUCGGUAAAAUGGUUAAAGGUAUGCCUAAACUCAGUUUAUCUUAUGAUGAUGCUUGUAAAGGUUGUGCAAUGGGCAAGAAUGUGAAGAAUCCUUUUCAUAAAAGCGAUAGUAGGGCUAAAGAAAGGUUAGAAUUUAUUCAUUCGGAUUUAUGUGGUCCUAUGUCUGUAGCAUCUCCUAACGGUUUCCUACAUUAUGUUAUCUUCAUAGAUGAUUUCUCUAGAAAAACAUGGAUCUAUUUUCUUAAAUCUAAAGAGUCUGAAGAAGUCCUAAACAGAUUUAAAGAAUUCAAAGCCUUAGUUGAAAAUACUACAGGAAAUCGAAUCAAAUGUCUGAGGUCUGACAAUGGAGGUGAAUACACCUCAAGUAUUUUUUAUGACUUUUGUAUUAAAGUAGGAAUCAAGAGGGAGUUUUGUGUUCCCUACAAUCCUCAGCAAAAUGGAGUUGCUGAAAGAAAGAACAGGACCAUUGUUGAAGUUGCAAGAGCCAUGAUCCAUGAUCAAGACCUGCAACCUUUUCUAUGGGCGGAAGCAUCCAAAACAACAGUGUAUAUUCAGAAUAGAUGUCCUCAUCGCGCCCUAAAGGAUGUGACUCCCGAAGAAGCCUUUACAGGAAUCAAACCUGACAUCAAUCAUCUAAGGAUAUUCGGGAGCCCGAUGUAUGUUCAUGUGCCUAAAGAAAAACGAACCAAGUUGGAUCCAUCUGGAAAGAAAGGCAUCUUAGUGGGAUACAACGAAUCUUCCAAAGCUUUCAGGAUUUACAUUUCAGGUCAAAGGUAUGUUGAGGUAAGUAGAGAUGUAACUUUUGAAGAUAUUGCUUUCAAAAGAUCUAAAGGUUCAUUAUCCAACAAUAAUGAUAUGGAAAUUGAAAAUCAAGAUUCAAUAGUUGAUGCUAACCCUGAGAUACAGGAGGAGCCCACUGACCUUCCAGAUCGGGUUGUUCAGAAUGACUCAUUAGAGACUAUGCUCCCUACCGAUAUACCUCAGGAUAUUGUGGUCUGCAAGAAGAGACCACUUUGGGUUAGAAACACGAUUCAAGAUGCUAAAGGUUUUGCUGCUCCCAGAGGAACCUUUAGAGAUAGCAAGAGAUUCCAAAAUCACGUCAACUACAUUUUUGUGAUGUGCAAUAUCAUCGAGUCUGAACCUCACAAUGUCGAAGAAGCUAUGUCCCAUUAUGCUUGGAAAUUAGCCAUGGAUGAAGAGUAUGGGUCUAUCAUCAAGAAUGAUGUCUGGGACAUUGUACCCAGACCCAAAGGUAAGUCUGUUGUUUCCUCUAAAUGGUUGUUUAAAAUUAAGCAUAAUGCUGAUGGUAGUAUCGAAAAAUAUAAAGCUAGGUUUGUAGCUCGUGGUUUCUCUCAAAAGAAAGGAAUAGAUUAUGAAGAAACUUUUGCCCCUGUUGUUAGAUAUACCUCUAUUAGAUCUAUAAUAGCUAUUGCUGUAGCCAAAGGUUGGGAGCUGCAUCAAAUGGACGUUAAGACAACCUUCCUCAAUGGUGUCAUUGAGGAGGAAGUCUAUAUUGAGCAACCAGAAGGUUAUGUAAUCCAUAAAAGAGAUUCUCAUGUUUGCAGGUUGAAGAAAGCCUUAUAUGGGCUCAAACAGGCUCCUCGUGCCUGGUAUGAAAGAAUUGAUAAGUAUUUACUAAGCUUAGGAUUUUGCAAGAAUGAUGCUGAUGCUAACAUUUACUUGAAAGUUUAUAAUGAUGAGAUGCUUAUUUUAGUUUUGUAUGUGGAUGAUUUAUUUCUCACUGGUGAAAGUAAAUUAAUCAUAAGAUGUAAGAAGGAAUUAGCCUCAAAAUUUGAAAUGAAGGAUUUAGGUCUAAUGCACUACUUCCUAGGGUUAGAAGUAUGGCAAAGAUCCAAUGAAAUUUUUCUAAGUCAAGUAAAAUAUACUAUUGAUAUUUUGAAAAGAUUUAGAAUGAUAGAUUGUAAACCUAUGCAUACUCCUAUGGAAUCUAACUUAAAGAAGUUAAGUGUUUCUGCAACUAACUCGGAUUUUGCAGAUCCAUCUGAGUACAGACAGUUGAUUGGUUCCCUGAUGUACCUAGUCAAUACUAGGUCAGAUAUCUGUUAUGCUGUGAAUGCUCUCAGCCAGUUCACGAGCUUACCUAAACUUGUUCACUUAGUUGCUGCUAAGCACAUCCUAAGAUACUUGCGUGGCACGAUUGGUUAUGGGCUGAAGUAUUCACUUAAUACCUCAAUCCUCUUGGAAGGCUACUCAGAUUCAGAUUGGGCAGGAAGUGUCAAGGACAGGAAAAGUACUUCAGGGAUCUGCUUCAACUUAGGCUCUGCAGUGAUCUCUUGGGCAUGUAGAAAGCAAUCUUCGGUAGCAUUAAGCACUGCAGAAGUUGAGUACAUUGCCGCAUCUAUUGCAUCUAGAGAAGCAGUGUGGCUUCACAAGCUCCUUGUUGGAUUAUUUGGUCAAGCUAGUGGUCCUACCACCAUUCAUUGUAAUAAUCAAGCUGUAUAAAGAUGUCAGUAAAUCCCGUAUUUCAUGAUCGAUCCAAACAUGUGGAAACACACUAUCAUUUCAUUAGAGACAUGGUGCAAAGAGGCGCUAUUCAUCUAAAGUACAUUAGCACAGAUGAACAGAUUGCGGACAUCCUUACCAAACCGUUAUCUAGGGUGAAGUUCGAGUACUUUAGAGACAAACUUGGUGUUGUGGAAAACAAAACCCUGAUUGAGAGGGAGCUUCAAUCUCAGUGACUCUAUCUGCAACAGUUUGAAUCAUUCUUUUGCUUGUGUGCAAGAAUGAAUUAUGUCCAAUCUAUGCUUGUGUGCUAGAUGGAAAAUUGUAAUUAUGUGAAGACCCACUUUUGUAUUACACUUUCUAUGCUUGUGUGCUAGAACCAUCCUAUGCUCGUGUGCUAGGUGGAAGAUGUAAUUCUAUGCUUGUGUGCUAGAUCCAUUCUAUGCUUGUGUGCUAGAUGGAACUCUAAAAGUUCAGAUUAUGUAUUCUCCUCUUCCCUAGUUAAGAGGGAGUGUGGUUUGUAACUAGGAAAGAGGGUUCGGAUGUUGCCUUAGGGCAAUCCGAACCCCUUCCCUUAAGCAUAACGUGGAGGACCGGCCCCAAAAAGGGUUAACGUGGCCCUAAAACAAAGACCAGCCCCAUUCACCACACCACAUUAAAUUGGCGCCAAAAUGAAUAUGCAAAUGGAGGCCGACUUAAAGAGUAUGUGGGUUAAAUGAUCAUAUAAAUAAUGAUCAUUUACCAAACACAAACACAUUGUUAUUCCCUCUUGUGAAGCGAAAUACCUCUGCAACUAAGCAUGCAAAAUUGAGAAGUAAAACUGGGCGAACUCAUCCAAGAAGGUCAAAGGCAUUGGUUGUUCCAGAAUUCUGUUAGAGAGCAGAUUUGAUGCAGACUUGGAAUAAUUAGAAGGGUAGAUCUGACCAUUAAACAUGCAGAUCUGAUAAGAGGCUGAAGAGUUCAGCUGAGUAUAGUAUUGGUACAAUUCAGAUUGAAUACAUAAUCUGACCUGUGGGUCUUUAGUGCUGGGUUUUUCCUCCUUGGAGGUUUUCCCAGGGUAUUUGUGUUUGUCUCCUAUGCACUUACUUUCAUUCUGUCAUUACUUUAUUUAAUAUUAGCAAAUAAUUAAAGACUGAUAAUCUGAUUACUAAUCUGGGUCACAAAAUUUAACAGGGACACCCUCUUGAGUCUAAGCUGAGCUCUAAGAGUAGGAGAGAAAACCCACUCCUUUACCGGCAAUAGUCACCAGCUUCAUGGAAUUGGGCUGCACAACAGCAACAUCUAUUGUGGAGUUUGAGGCCAUCAUUAUGUUAUAUCUUUUUGGAAAAUAAAAAGAGGGCUCCAGAUGUAAUUGAAGUUGUAGAAAAGGUUCCGGAUGUUGUUGAAGACAGGACUGUUGUGAAGGAGACAAAGAGUGAAACCUUACCAAGUACCAAAGUG